AGUAUUUGGGUAAACUGGGACACUGUUCCUGUUGCUGAUCAAAAUGGAAUUAUACUGAGUUACACGGUGACGUACACGGCGUUGACUGGCGGCAUUCCACGGACGGCUGUAGUCGGCGCUCCAACCACCCACGUCACACUGAGGAGUUUGGAGGAAUACACAAAUUAUAGCAUUUUUGUGUUUGCAUCUACUAUGAAGGGAGAUGGAAAUGCGAGCGCUCCAAUCAUUGUCACUACAGACCAGGACAGUAAGUUGUUAAAGAACUUACGAUGCUUGGCAAUAAAAAAAUAGAAAGGAGAUUUCUUAUUAGUUAUAAAAAAAGGUCCGCAAGUAGCUAAACGUAAAAACAAAUAUUAUACAAGAUAGAUUUUGUACAUUUCCUUUAUUUUCUUUCCUGAGAGAGUGGGGUGUAUCUCUCGUUACGAACACUAUAACUUGAACACUACCUAUUUAGUGCAAAACAAAUUUGACUGUAGAGUUGGGUAAGUGAAUCUUGUGAAGUGCAAAAAUUACUGUUAUCUUUACAGAACCAAACGCACCUUUAGUUAAUGUCCAAGGACAUAACACAAGCUCCACUAGUAUAUGGGUAGAUUGAGAGACUG